CCCGGGUUAGGCCAGCGCAUUGCCGCUUUUCCUGUGUGUUCAACCGCGAAGAAAGCGUCGCUCAAGGCAUCCAGUCAUCACCAUGCAGACCUUGCUAGUUGUGUCCCUAUGCCUCGGCAUCGCCCAUGGCCAGUCCAUCAUGACAGUCCGUACCACCCAUACGGAGGUAGAGGUGCACGCCGGCGGCAGUGUGGACCUCCCCUGUAGCUUUCACAUCAACGACACCCAACCGCCGGUCAUCUCAUGGCUUAAGGGACCCUCACCUGACAGUAGUGUCAAGGUGUUCAAGGGGAACUACAACUGGCUUGGAGAAGGAAUCGCCUUCCAGGAGAGCAACAGCUACAAGGAGAGUUUCGGCGACUUCAACGGGCGGGCCAACGUGCCCAACCUAGCCGUGCCGACACUACGGCUCACUCACAUACAUCCACAGGACGAGGGCCGGUACUGGUGUCAGGUUGCCCAGUGGAGCAUCAGGACGGAGUUCGGACUGGACGCCAAGUCGGUGGUGCUGAGGGUGACAGGCCAUGCACCCUCCAACAACGUCCACGUGUCCACACCGGAACUCGCCGAAGUUGACGAAGGAAAUGACGUCACCAUGACGUGUCCGUGCAACAACUGCGCAAACGCCAACGUCACGUGGUACACCGGACCAACUUUCUUCGAGAACUAUGAGACUGGCACCUACAAACCCCUGGCCAACCGGAACCAGUUUGGCCACACCUGGUUCGAUCCUGAAAUCGCCGGCCGAGCCAGUUUUAGCGGCGCGCGAAACCUCGUCAUUCGGGCCGCGAAGAUCACGGACGCCGGGCGCGUGUGGUGCGAGGUGGCGACCGGACAGACCGAAAUGGACUCCGAUAGGUCCUCCACCAUACUCAGGGUCAAGCUGGAGCCGUUCACAUGUGACGAUAAACCUACGGGACUGUACGCAGACCCCACAGCAUGUGACUACUACUACCAGUGCAUCCCCGGCUACCCUCCGCUGCACCGCCCAUGUGGCUACCCCGGCAUGGUGUUCAACGAGGCCAUGCAGUACUGCGACUGGGACAUCAACGUCCCUCCCCCUUGCGGGAGCGCACAGGCAUGAGCACAGAGCGACGCCACCUUGCGAUAGCAAGCGGAAAAGCACCCAAACUUCAGUCAAGCAAGGCACAGGCUUACUGCAACAAUAAAGAUUAGCA